GGAGAAUUAUCUAGCAAACAAAGAAAAAAGGAUAUUUUCAGGAGAGGUAAGUAAAUCAGUAAGCAAGCUGCAAAGAAGAAGCGAAAAUCGCACAUCGUUGGUCUAUCUUUUCUUCACUAUCUGUCUCUCUUUAACGUCCAGUGGUUUGUAACCAUGUCUACAGAGGACCAAGAGCUACUCGGUGUGCUACAGGGUCGCAAGCGGAAGAAAGUGCCGGCGAAGACCGAGGGAGCGACGACCCCAGCCGGAAUACAGGGCGAAAAAGAAAAAGUCCCUGCGCAUGACAGUACGGGCGACGAUGCGGUGCCCGUUGCAAGCCAAGAGCAAGAGAGGAGCACGAUGCAGGAUCGGGAAGAAGCGGGGCAGCAAGAGGACCUGCUGCAUCGUACGAGAAACAAAAGCAAAAAUCAAGAUGGAGGUACUACGAGUGAACAGAAUAACCCGCCGAAGAAACCAAAAAUCGUUUUGAUGGGUGACGACUCUGGCAGCGCUGCGCAAGUCGUCCCGAUUCCGGAAGCGCAGCCAAUCCCGCCCGCAUACCUCGACGACCAGGUCCGCGGUCCUUUGUCCGCCCAGAAGACGUACGGCAAGGGGCCAAGCCUAAAGGAGGACAUCGCUCUGGUCAAACAGGCGAAUGGACGGGAGCCGCAUGAGUUUCUCUACUCGGAGGCGACGGCCCAGGAAGAACCCGGGGGUUUUGCCCUAUCGCAGAAAUUGGCCGGACCCACCCCGGGAAGUUCCGCGGGGACCAUGUACCAGGCUCCGUUGACGCAGGAGUCGCGGGAAAAAGUGCGACUGCAGCAAAAACAGUUACAGGAAACGCCGGGCGGCACCGAGAUGUAUGCGAACUUCCAUGGUGCGUCCAUACCCGCCUACCAGCUCGUCGACAACAACACGGGAAAAGUUCCUGCAAGCCUCCGUCCGGCGACCCGUGGGGCGGACGUGGUUGCGGCUGUUGCUGGAGCGUCCGCGAAGAUGCAGGCACAGCCGAGCCCCUCGCCGACGGCUGGUGACGGUGCGGACACGCUCAGCAAAAUAGAGCGCGCAGCGGGUGCGCUGAACUUUUCCGAUCGCGUGCGCCAAGAAGUGCCCUCGAAGAUGGGCGGAAGCAGUAGAGAGGGUGCGACUCCCGCUGGUGGCGUUUCCUCCGCCUCCAGCCCGGCGAGGACCUUCAUGAAGCCGGUAGGAACGUCUUCCGGGGCGGCCACGCAGGCCAGGGCCGCAGUCGAAGAUCGGAGCAAGAUGAACACUGUCGCGACCGCCGCUGACAAUGAUGCCAUUGCGAAGACGGAGCAGAUGCUGAUGGUGAUGGCCGCAACAGACAUUGCUCAAGCCGAAGAACAAUUGUUGCAGCAGCAAGCCACGCAAAGCAAGGCCCCGGCGGCCGCGAAUGGAAGUAACAAGAUGGUGACGCGAACCACAUCCACAGGAAGUCGACAAGGUGAAGCCGGUAUUACUGCGAACGCUGGUAGUUUGAUGGCGACUGCCUUCAAGGACGUGUCAGAAUUCGAAGUUGGUAUCCGUGCUGGAGGAGACCAUGAGUAUCAUGCCGCAAAGAAACACAAAAAAGGCCAUACUAGUGAAGGACCCACAGUGGACGAUGCGACUCUGAUGGUCACGGCAGUACUGGGCGUGUCGGACGAGUUUGAGCAAGCCCGCUCCGCGAAGGGAAUGGUGAAGCACAAGGCGUCUACAGCACGUGCAAAAGCCCUGCACAAGGCGAAGCAGCACGCUGUGUCUGGUGCUACUUCCGAGGAGAAGCGGCAUGUUGGCCGCAAGAAAACGUUGGAAAACCCCAUUGCUGGGCACGAGCAAGCGACACAAACUGGAGCCAGUCUUCUAGCGGAUGUCGAUAGUGAAGAUCAAGCGCUCCCCGCCGCUGCUCUCGUCGUGGCUGAGAGCAAAGCGACCGGCACGGACGAACUUGACACUUAUGAAGAAGCAGUUUAUCCCGUAGAAAAUGAACAAUUUGCGCCUGCAACUAUGCCGGAGGCCAGGAUGGCCGACAGUAGAGAAACCGAAGAGCCGGCGGGCUUGCUAAUCACGGAUUUUGUCAGUGCCAGCGAUCGCAGCGGAGCUGAGACUGCCACCACGGCGGCUGAAAUGCGGAGGCAGCGCGCGGUUCAGAGAUCGAGAAAGCACAACCAGCGCAAGUUGAACGCCGAAGAAAUUCCGACGGAAUUGCCGAUUCCGCACGGGCACGGCGGAGAGCAGGCCGUACCCUAUGCCGGCUACACUUCUGCAAGAACGUCUCCACAAGACAACUCCGGAGGUAAAAACCCGGAGCUCCGUGCCGAGGCAGUCGUCGACAACACCGGCGUUGACUUCGUCGAGCAAGCUACGCUGGUGAGCCCGAUGGAGUUCCAGGCGGCCACCGUACUGCAGAAGCCGGGCACCCCCGGAGCGGCAUACGACACACUGCAGGUGCUGACCAACUACCUGUCCUCACCCUCUGACGGGGACUCCAGCCCCUCCGCGGGUGCGACGGCGGUACCCGCACCCGGCUAUCUGCAGCCCGACCAUGAAGCUGAGUUGUACCGAAAGCAGAAGCUCGCAGCCUCCAAAAACAAUCUGAACUCCCUUCUCGCCGAGAACGUUUUCGGGGGAGGCCCAGAGCUUCCAGACGACGAGACCGCAGGAGCCAGACGCGAUCUGGUGAGUACAUAUCCUGACGAGGAUAAUUACGCUCGGGUACGGGUUCAGGUUCAAAGAGGUCCUUUCUGCACGAAGCAGUGUGUCCUGGUGGUCAUCGUUCUUUUCUUACUCCUGGUUGUCGGAGUUGGUUUCUACCUACACGCGGCCGGCUACUCUAUCCGCGUUGUCUGGGACGACGGCUGGCACUUCUACAAGCUGCAGUUUCUGAAAACGGUCUCAGUGCCGACCGACGAUACUGCGACAACAAAUAUUAAGAGCAGAACAGCAUCGAGUACACCUGUCCCGACGACGCCUGGACGGAAAACAACUGAAGGUAGCCCUUCAGAAAUGAGGCCUACUGCGCGCAUAUCCGGCGCCGCGUUUCUGCAGGAAGACCAUGCUCUUGCUCGUUCUCAAGGUGCUCGUCAUGUUGGCGAUGCGUGGCGCCAUCAGCAGCAUGCAAGGACACCAAGCGCCAAGGUUGAGGAACCGACGUUGCUCGAGUUACACGACGAGGACCACGCGAACAACGGCGCAGGUAUUCACGGCGCAACUCGUUGGAGCAGGAGUUACGAUUUGCAGCGGGACGGAGGUGGUCGAGAGCAACUAGAAGCAACUUUUCUUGGCUCUGCACAAGAUGAAGCGAAGCAUUCGCCGCGUUUUGGCUUGGAGACGAUCAUGGAUGCCGCAACGGAGGACGUGCUCGGCGCACGGCAAACUGCAAAACCAGCUUUGGCCCCUGAGACGCAGCCCAGUGGAGGAAAUAGAUUUGGCGCAAGUGAAAACUCAGCAGACCGUGGCGCAACGGCAAACGUAAAUCCGAGUGGUGUUGCUGGUGCUGCCUACGUGGAGGUGUGAGGGGAUGGUCGGUUGUCCAUUGAAAUACGCCUGCAAAUGGCAACAGAUGUCGAAAAAGUAUGAUCCUGUCAGUCAAGAACUCAAUGAAAAAUACAGAUUCAGAUCGACACUGCCUUCAAACGACGUUCCUUUCUUGAUUUUGAUGCAAAACACGCUUACCAAGUUUGAGCUUGCUGAGACAGUCGAAAUCGAAAAAGAGAAGGAACAGGAAGAUGAUUUAUAUAUAGUGACUUGCUCCUGAGAU